AUGAGUUCAUCAAGCAGUUUAGGUUCAUCUGCUGCAAGUGCUUCUGCUCCUUCCAUUGAUCAAUCUGGAGAUGAAAAUGCUCCUCUUUGGGGCUAUGUUACAAAAUUAGUUAAAAGGGGAGAAGGAGGAAGUGGUAAUACAAAAUUUAAGUGUAAUUUUUGUGACAUUGAGUACCAAGGGUCAUAUUCUAGAGUAGAUCAAGAAGCUGAGAACCGGAAAAAAUUGGCAAAGCCAAAAAAUGUUCCUUUACCACCUCCAUCUUCUCAAAUUAGUGCUAGCCACGGCAAUGUAGAAGAUAUUGGAACAUUUAGAAUGGAAGGUUAUGCACCAAGAAAGAUAAAGGCAAUUGGGAGUAGUCCUUUAGAUAGGGUAUUCAAUCAAAGUGCUAGAGAGCAUUUACAUUCUUUAAUUGCUCGUAUGUUCUAUUCAGCCGGUUUGCCUUUCCAUUUGGCUGGGAAUCCAUACUUUAUUGAUGCUUUUCAAUAUGCUGUUGAGAAUCAAAUUGUUGGGUAUGUCCCUCCUGGAUAUAAUUUGUUGGGGACUGCCUUACUUCAAAAAGAAAGGGCAAAUAUUGAAAGGCUAUUGGAACCAACUAAAAAGUCAUGGGAUGAGAAGGGGUUGAGUAUAGUAUCUGAUGGAUGGACUGAUGCACAAAGGAGGCCUCUCAUUAAUUUUAUGGUAGCAUAUAAUGGUGGAGCUAUGUUUAUAAAAGCUGUUAAUUGUGAGGGUGAGACCAAGGACAAGUAUCAUAUUGCCAAAUUAAUUAGUGAAGUGAUUGAUGAAAUGGGUCCUAAUAAUGUAAUUCAGGUAAUUACUGAUAAUGCUCCAGUUUGUAGUGCAGCUGGAUCAAUUAUUCAAGGUAAUUAUCCGAAGAUCUUUUGGACACCUUGUGUAGUGCACACUCUUAAUCUUGCUCUUAAGAACAUUUAUGCUGCAAACGAAAUUGGGGUUACUGCAUAUGCUUAUGAUGAAUGCCAUUGGAUCACUACUGUGAUUGAUAAUCUACUUUCUGUUGCAGAUACACGCUUUGCAUCUGCAAUUGUUAUGCUAAAAAGGUUUAAACUUAUAUAUCAUGGUCUCCAAACAAUGGUGAUAAGUGACAAAUGGGCUUCUUACAAGGAAGAUGAUGUUAGGAAAGCAGCUGUUGUAAUGGAAAAGUUGUUGAAUGAUGUUUGGUGGGAUAAGAUUGAAUAUAUACUCUCAUUCACAUUGCCUAUUUAUGAGAUGCUUAGAUUUUGUGACACAGAUCAGCCAUGUCUACAUUUGGUUUAUGAGAUGUGGGAUUCAAUGAUUGAACGGGUGAAGGCAUCCAUCUAUAGGCGUGAAGCGAAGUCAGAAAAUGAAGAGUCGUUCUUUUACUCUGUAGUGCAUCAAAUAUUAGUGGAAAGGUGGACAAAAAGUAGCACACCUUUUCAUUUCCUUGGUCAUUCCUUGAAUCCAAGGUAUAAUUCACAUUAG